AAAGCGAUUCUGUGAGUUCUUAUUAUACUAAACUCAAGAAGAUUGCAAGACAUGUUAAUAUAGGAGAUGAUGAAUUUCGCCAUAGAUUUCUUGAGGGACUUUCUCCAGAAAAUCAAAUAGAAGUUCACC